CGCAUUAUAGGUAAACCCACAAUUAAACUAUAAAAAAAAUAUUUGAAAAUUCUCUCCCCUACAAUAAUGACGUUUUCUUCUUUCCCACAGGUGCCUCCCAUCGAUUAUCUUCGGCAAGUCACUCUCGACCUAGGAGGAGAGGGAGUGCUAGGCGCCGUCACUGAGAGGCAUAUGAUCCGGAGAGCGCCUCCCACUCACACACAACAAGCCAGGAGUACAGUGCGAGCACUAAUCAGAAGAUUCAACGAGGUGUCCGCGUGGGUGACAGAGCUGGUGCUGGCCCAGGGCUCAUCUGAGGAGCGGAAGGCAGCCCUCGCUUGCGUCUUAAGAGUCGCCCUCACUUGCUGGAAUAUUGGGAACUUCAACGGCGCCAUGGAAAUCGUGGCUGGAUUGAAGUCCAACAAACUGAAAGCCUUCUGGUUCAGCAUAUCGGAUGAGCCACUGCCAGCUCUGGACUUCCUGUCAGCGGCGCUGCUAUCAGCUGAGUACGAGCGGGCCCUGGGUCGAGCGCUAGCAAUGCCAGAGUGCAGACUAAUACCCUUCUUUGGGGCUUUCCUCAGAGAACUCAGAGAGAUCCUGGCAGCAACGCCAGCACUUACCAGCCAUUCAGUGGCAGCAACCCCAACACACAGGAGAGACUUCAAACGAGAAUCAGUCAAAGAAGAUAGAGGUUCACAAAAGAAGGACCCAAGAAGAGAGAGCGGUAAAAGAGUAGACCAAGGCACCACCACAAGUCCUCUCCGGGAUAGCUGUAAGAGAGACGCAAGGACCAACGAACCGAGUAGACAAGUGUAUAUAGCCUCAUUCGACGAGGAUGGUGAACAGGCCCCUGGUUGGAGACGCGUCGGCCCCGAGGGUCUGGUGAACCUGGAGAAGGUUUACCGCACGCAGGCGGUGAUGGACCACAUAGCGAGCUUCCAUCAGCACCAUUACGCGUUGGGCAGGACUAAUGCACCAAUUUUUGGGGAGUACCUAAGAGCAGCAAUGUCUUCGUGUGAGGAGCCGGUCUUCUCCCAGUCUUCCCAGAAGACCAGCGGCUGUGACUUCGAGAACGAAGCACUAUAUGAACUGGAAGGUGGGGGGUACUGUCCCGUCCAACCUUUACCACAUGACCAUGGGGUGACGAUGUUCCCUUUGGCCCCACAAAGUGGGGAACGGAUAGACAGGCACGUAUUACAGAUAAUGCACCACGGCACCGCGUGCGUGGUGGGCGAGGCGGAGUGGGGCGGCGCGCUGGCUCAGCUGCGGCUGGAGCGCGCCUGCGCCCUGUUAGUGUGGUGCCGGACGCAGCACAUGCCGCAUGCGCAACACGGAGACCUUCCGUCGGAGAAUGUGCAGCAACCUGAAGUGAGCUUAUCAUACAAUCCCGAAGAGGUCAUACCCCUGAAGUACUCCACUAACCUAGCGCAUGAGAAUGAAGCUGGAUUAGUAGCGGAGGAAGGCUUCAUCGACCUCCAAUGCGUGAAGGACAUGCGUUUAGGAGGGAAGCUGUUAGAACCCCGUGACGUCACUGAACUGACUGCGUCCGCCCGGAGACACGGGCUGGAGGCCCACAGUCCGCACAUCAUUAGCCUUGUCUACGGGAAAACGCUUAGCGACAACAGGACUGUCCACUUCGUGUUGCCUUCUUAUUCUUACAAAGUUUGGGCUGUAGGCCUCCAUUCUGUGAUCAGGGCGUUAAUGAGCCAAGCCAAGCUGGCAGACAGGAGUCUGGCGUGGCUCAAGAACAAAUACACGGCGUUGUACUACGAGGAUGGAUGCUGCUGCGAACCAUUAGUCUCCGAUGCUAUAAGGGUUUUUGGCGGAAGGGAAUCUGUUUGCGGCAGUUCAUCCCAUUCCACCCCAGUCAAAGGCGUGUUCACUGAUUCACACUCAGACUCUAUCAAAAGUGCCGGUAUUAAGUUUAAGAAAAACAAAUCUACGUCAGAGCUGAAAACAAGCUCCCCCAAAAGCCACGGGUCCACACACACGUCGGGGACCAGGAGCGAAGACGAAGUUAUACAGGGUUCACCACGACAUAGUUCUUACUCGGCCACGUCGAGCCACCACCACCCCUGUGCGCCGAGGCACAGCAGCCUCACAGCUGCAGCAACCAGCAUCAUGGCAGGAUCACCUAACAGGAGCAGCCAUUCAACAAUCGUAAUCGUAAAAAAACCGGAUUAGCAAGUUGAAGUGG